AUGAAAUUGUUCGAUGAAGCAAUUGCAAUGAAUAAUUACACUACAAAGAAUCAUAAUUCUUUUGGAAGAGAAUAUAUGGUUGAGAAGUUCAACACUGCGUUCAACAUAAAUAUAACUUAUGGUUAUUUUAAGAAUAAGCUUGAUGAAUUCAAAAAAAAUUACAAGAGAUGGAAAGCUCUUAUGAGUUUCAUUGAUAUUUCGGUGGAUCCUGAGGCAUCCAUGAUCUAUGCAUCUGACGCAUGGUGGAAAGAGCGUGAACUGGGAUGCAAAAUAACAAAGGCUUUUAACCGAAAACCCCCAGAUUUUUGGGAUGUGAUGGUGCAAUGUUUCAUAUUACAUGAUGUCCAAUCACAAUCUCCACAUUCUGCGGGCCAAAGAAGAAGAAAGUUGGUAAACGAGCAUGAGGACGACUUUCAUGGCUCUGACACUGAUAGAGGUGAUAUGCUCGAAACACUAGUUCCUGAGACACAAGAAGAGGAAGACAUAUAUCGUUUAAUAGUUGAUGAUAUUACACCAUGUGUCACAAAAGCGCCAGCAACGAUCAAGGCAAAUUUGCAGACAAACGCUAGGCGUGGGAGUCAAACGUCACGACCUUCUGAUGGUAGUGGUUCACGAGUAGGUCGGAGAAGACAAUCGUUUGAAACAACAAUACAAGACACCAUAGCUGGAUAUACAGAUUUACAACAACUUCGCCUAGGUGCUUUUGACAAAAAUGACUACGACGAGUGGAAAAAAGCAGAAGCCAUAUUCCUUGAUUUAGAAAUUCCAAAAAGCAAAUUUUAUUGGGUAUGCCUUAAUACACUGAAAGAGUUAGUAUUUUGGCAAAAGUAUUUUAUUGAUAUAGCUGGAAGCAGUGACGAGGAUAAGCUACAACUGCUAGAAACGAUAACUGGUGUUUCCCAAAACAACGAAGAUGCUCGGGACCAUCAUAUGGAAGUCCACAUUUAUAAGGACUAUCAUCUGGCUAACCGUCCUCGGUGGGUAACAGUACAAGAGGAUUGUGGGUACCAAAUUGUCAACAAUGGGGGCACACCACCAAAUGCUCAGCAUUGGGAUUCAUCCCAAGCUGCUCCACAAUGGGGAACACCACCAACUGCUCAACCGUGGGGCACACCACCAAAUGCUCAACAAUGGUGCACACCACUGAACUUUCAACAAUGUGGCACACCACUGAAUGCUCAACAAUGGGGCACACCACCGAAUGCUCCACAAUGGACCACAUCACCAAAUAAUUCACAAUGUAGGUUUUCACCAAACCAAACACAAAAUUAUCAACAAGGGGGGUCAUCAGGAACAACUCCGACCAAUGUUCAAUAUGAAUUUUCAGUUGGAAGUCAAGAACAAAGUUUGAGAAAUUCUCAACAAGAUAUUUCAGAUUCUGCAGCUGCAGGAAAUUCAGCAAAUGCUCAAGGAACAUUAUUACAUGGUCUUGAUUUCAUAAAUUAUUAUGAGCCUGCCCGUAAAUCACCAACACCUACACAUGGAGGUCUAUUCAACAUAUGGAGAAGCUUGAUAAAAACAAAUAUAAAUAUAAAUGAAUGUCAUCAAAGUGAUUCAGAAGAUGAUAUAUUUUCUAUUACUGCUUUUUGUAUAUGCCAGAUGAGAGCACAAGGAUUGGAGAAUCUAAGUUACGAAGAGAGAAUUCAAUUGUGGAAUUUGAAAAAUGAGCAAUUUACAGAGUUGGUAAUUCAACCAACACUCACUUACAAUCAGAGAUAUUUUGAAAAGCACAAGAGGUUUGGGAUGGAGAAAUAUAUUUGGCAUCGACUGCAAGACAAUGAUGCUGCUUAUCUUCAGAUAUUGCGAAUGUCAUUGCCAUGUCAUUGCCAUGUUUCACAACAUUGUGUGAUACGCUUCAAACAAAUUAUGGACUACAACCAACAUUAA